AUGGCUGUCACCGACGUUGUUGUUGCACUAGAGUGCAAGUUGUUUUAUGGCGCUACCAUAAUUACCGUCAAUCAAAAGCGCCAGAUAAUAUGCAACGGUUAUAUUCGAGUUGAUCGCGACCGAAUCACAGCAGUUGGAAAAUGCCCAUAUCCUAGUGUCCUACCGAAUGGAGCGCGUGAGGUUGACUGUCGAGGCAAAAUAAUCAUUCCUGGGCUCAUCAACACACACGCUCACCUCGUUCAGUCCAUCCUUCGGGGCUUGGCGGAAGAUUUGCCGCUUCAUAAUUGGUUAUGCGAUGCGAUAUGGCCAUUGGAAGCUGUUUUUGAGGGCGAUGAUGGCGUCAAUGCUGCACGCCUAACAGUAAUGGAAAUGUUAAAGACGGGAACGACCUGCUUCCUUGAUCCGAUGUUGACAUAUCGCGCUGGAUUCGAUCGGGUUUGCAAAGCCGUGGGAGAAAUGGGAAUCAGAGGCUGCCUGGGUAAAUUAGUGAAGUUCACGGAAACUAAUCGCCAAUUGUCAAUAUCGGAUCCAAGAGAUCGAGAUCUGCUUGCCAUGUCAAUUCCUGAACUUGUCAAAGCACACCAGACAUACCACGGUAGUCACGAUGGCAGAACUCAUGUCUGGGCCGCCGCAGGUACCCCUCGCGGAGCACCGAUCUCUCAGUAUCUUGAAUUAGGGGAAGCAUGCGCCACACAUGGCAUAUCGGCGACCAUGCACUGUGCUGAAGCUCCAAGGGACCGUGACAUCUAUCAUGAUUCCUACAAUUGCAGUGCCAUGGAAUUUAUCCGGGAUGCAAAGCUCUGUGGAGAGCAUAGCGAAGAGUCAAGUAAAGACAACGGAACACAUAACCUCGUUCUGGCCCAUAUGGUCAACCUUGACAAGGAAAUUGACAUUCCUUUACUCGCCAGCACGGGGACUUCUGUGGCUCAUAACCCGACAUCGAACCUCAAGCUAGCCUCCGGGGUAGCUCCAGUUCCAGCCAUGCUUGCACAUGACCCCCCUGUGAAUGUUUCUUUGGGAACAGACGGGGCUCCUUGCUCGAAUCAUUAUGAUAUGUUCCAGGAGAUGCACUUGGCCGGCAUACUUCACAAAGGGGUGAACAAUGAUGCAAGUUUGAUUCCGGCAGAGACAGCACUGGAAAUGGCGACAAUCAACGGGGCCAAAGCUCUAGGACUGGAAGCCGAAGUUGGUAGUCUCGAAGAGCAGAAAAAGGCAGAUUUUGUGGUGCUCGAUCCAUAUGGCUGCGGAGGAGUUGGAGCUGCACCUUGGAACACCGAGGUCCAAAGACACGCGGUCAGUGUUGUUACAACUGUUGUCCAUGGUUGCACUGGUCGUGAUGUAGACAUGACCGUUGUCAACGGUGAAAUCCUCGUUGAAGACGGAAAAAUUGCAAAUGGUGGAAGAGAAAAAGAGAGAGUGAUCAUUGACCAAGCACAGCACGCCAUACAGGGGAUUUUGCUUCGUUGCAACAAGGAUCGUGUGCCAGAAUCUAAGAUUGGCGGCAAACUUGGAGAGGGUUGGUCAUACGUAUAA